AUGCCUCCCUCUGAUUUUGCCAACGCCGACAUCGACCAAAUCGUCGAGAGUCUCACCACAGAUGAAGCUAUUCUUCUCACAGCGGGUGUCGGUUUCUGGCACACGCAUGCUGUCCCGAGAUUGGGGAUACCCGCUAUCAAGGUCAGCGAUGGACCAAACGGUAUCCGUGGAAACCAUUUCUUCAUGUCUACUCCUGCAAAAUGUCUUCCAUCUUCCACUGCCCUCGGUGCUACCUUCGACACCGAGCUUAUCGAAUACGUAGGAAGAGAAUUGCUGGCAAAAGAGGCAAGGCUCAAAGCUGCUCCUCUCACGUUGGCACCUACUUGUAAUAUCCAACGGAACCCACUAGGUGGACGUUCCUUCGAGUCUUUCUCUGAAGAUCCUCUCCUAUCGGGAUUGAUUAGUGCUGCAUACGUGAAGGGUGUGCAAAGCGGAGGAAUUGGUACAACGAUCAAACACUUUGUCUGCAACGAUAAAGAAAACGACAGAAUGGCAUAUGACAGUAUUCUGUCUGAACGCGCCCUCCGAGAAAUCUACUUGAUGCCAUUCAUGUUGGCACAAAAGUACGCGAAGCCUUGGUCGUUUAUGACUGCGUACAACCGCGUUAACGGCACACAUGCCUCAGAAAACACACAUGUUCUACAGGAUAUCCUCAGGAAGGAGUGGGGGUUUGACGGUCUGAUCAUGAGCGACUGGUUUGGCGUCUACAGCAUCGACCACGCCCUCAACUCCGGCCUCGACCUCGAAAUGCCUGGUACCAACAAGUGGCGUACUCUCGAUCUCGUCAACCGAUCCAUUCAAUCUCGCAAAGUGACCGUCCGCACGGUGAAAGAAAGGGCCAGAAAGGUGGUCGAAUUGGCAAAGAGAGCUGCGACCGAAGCUGGAGAUAUUUUGGACGGCGAUGGCCUCGAACGGACAUACAACUCUGCUGAAGACCGCGCGCUGAUGCGUAACGUGGCAGCCUCAUCCAUCGUUCUGCUCAAAAAUGACGAAUCACUGCUACCCCUCCGCCCAUCCUCCUUCAAAGAGAAGAAAAAGAUCGCUAUCAUCGGUGGAAACGCCAAAGCCAUCGUCCUUUCUGGAGGAGGCUCUGCUGCACUUAAACCAAGCUAUUUUGUUACUCCAUAUGACGGGAUUGUAGAGGCCAUCAAGGCUGGGGCGGUGGGUGAUGUAGAGAUUGCGUACAGCGAGGGUGCUGCUACCUAUAUGACCAUGCCCUCCCUUGACUACGACAUGCUCACUGCUUCGGGUGAGCCAGGUUGGAUUGGGACAUGGUACUCACAUGAACACGACGAGAGUAUGAGCAUUGUCGAAAAGCCGCUUGAAAAGAGGCUUAUAGACGAGACAAGGAUCUUCAUCAGCACGUCCAUCCCAGAAGGGAUCACGAGGCGAUGGACGAUGAAGCUCGAGGGAAAGCUGAAGCCGCGUACAGAAGAUUGUGUGUUCGAGUUUGGAUUGUCGGUUGCUGGUAGGGCCAAGCUCUACGUGGAUGGUAAACUUGUCAUCGACAACUGGACCCGACAACGCCGUGGCGACUCCUUCUUCGGCAGUGGCUCCGUUGAAGAAAAGGGCACAUUCCCCUUACCCGCCGGCCACUCUCCCCACAUCCUCGUCGAGUUCUGCAACGUGCGCGCACCGGCGGAUGGGGAUGAAGAUGAGGCGGUUAUGGACAGCAACCCUGGUGUACGGCUCGGUGGAGCUGAGGUGAAGGACGCUGAUGAGUCGAUGAAAGAAGCUCUCACCCUGGCUGAAGGAGCUGAUGUGGUUGUCGCUGUGGUAGGGCUGAACGCAGAUUGGGAGACGGAGGGCUACGAUAGGACUACGCUGGGGCUGCCUGGAAGGACAGAUGAGCUGAUCAGGGAGGUGAUCAAGAGGAAUAAGAACACUGUCGUCAUCACACAAUCGGGCUCGUCGAUUACAAUGCCCUGGGCCGACGAUGUACCUGCCAUCCUGCACUCAUGGUAUUUGGGAAAUGCCACAGGAGAAGCUAUCGCAGAUGUUUUGUUCGGAAAAGUGAACCCCUCAGGUAGACUGUCCUUGACAUUCCCGAAGAGGUAUGAGGAUAUCGCUUCCUACGGGCAUUUCCACUCCGAGAAUGGCGUGGUUCGGUAUGGUGAAGAUUUAUACGUGGGAUACAAACAUUUCCAGCACCGCAAGAUUGCCCCUCAGUUUGCAUUUGGACAUGGUUUGUCGUACACCACAUUCGCCUAUUCCGACCUCCAGCUCCCCCAGCCCGUUCUCACCGGCACUUCCUUCUCCCUCACUGCUUCCCUGACUUUGACCAACACCGGUUCUGUUUCCGGCUCUGAAGUCGUGCAGCUCUACGUGUCAAUGCCACAUACAUUGGAAGUCACACAUCCUCCUCUCAACCUUCGUGCGUUCAAGAAAGUGAAGGAUGUGAAGCCUGGUGAGAGUAUCAAAGUUCAUCUUGAGCUGGAUAAAUAUGCCGUGUCGUUCUGGGAGGAGAGGAUUACGAGAUGGGUGGUGGAGAAAGGGCCUUACGGAGUCAAGGUUGGUAGUAGCAGUGAGAACUUCAAGCUGGAAGGAGAUUUCACAAUCAGCAAAGGCUUCGAGUGGAAUGGGCUGUAACUUAUAAGUUAUUACUGUAAGCUAGUUAGCGAUGUUCAAUAUAUUUGCUGCAAUAAUAGCAAUACAAGUGUUUCAUUUCUGGGUUGAAACGGUAGACAUACAACUUCCUAAUGAUAUCUAGCUUUACACCACACCCUUUAUUGUUUACUCUCGUAUAAUCUUGUUCCUUGCUACUAUCGAACGGAUCUAAACCUGCUGCAACCCUGCUCCCGGCAACGAUUGCACUCCAGUCAAUGAUAUCCCAUUUCUGCGUUCCUUCAACCUUU